CAGCCCGCCUGCUCCACCCGUCCGGCGCUCCCUCGCACCUCGAUGCGGCCGGCCGCUGUGCCCGCUGCCUCGUCCCCUCCACCGCCGCCGCGCCUAUAGAUACGCUGGCCAGCGUCUGCGCCCGCCCUCGGUCUCGCCCACCUCCACCCUGCUCCUUAUUCGUCGGUGCUCGCGUCUCUCCUCGUCCUCGCCUCUGCGUCUCCUAUGUAUUCACCGCGCACCCGCCCCUCUCGCCGGCGCACCGCCGACUCUGCGAGCAUGCUGCUCUACGCCCUCUACCUCGCGCUGCGCUGUCUCGCCUUCGUCAUCCACGCGCUCCUCGCGGCGCUGCACGCGCUGCACGCCCGCCUGCUCUCGCUCUGCGCACGCCUGCUCGCGCCGCUGCCGCUCCUCUCGCUGCUGCUCGAAGCGGCGCUGCACCCGCGCAACACCCUCGCCAUCCUCUGGCACGCACCCGCCGCACCGGCGCUGCAUGUCUUCUACAGCCCCUCGGCCACGCUCGAGGCGCAGCGCACGGCCCUGGCGCUCGCCUGCUGGAUCGCCGGUGAGCAGCGCGGCAGCGUGCUGCUCCUGCUGCCGGACGCAUCACCAGCUCCAGUCGAGGCAGCACCUGCUCUGAAGCCGUCGAGCUCCAAGGCCGCGCAGCUCGAGGCCCGCAAAGAGGCCCCGCCUACGCUCUCCGUGGCAGAUGUAUACGCCGCCUGGGCGCGUGCACGCAAGGAGCGUGCCCGCGCCGACGACGAGGCCGCUGCGUCGCUCACGCUGGGCUCCGUCGUAGAUGCCACGCGGCGACUCGGCGGCUGGCUGCGAGGCGAGGUGCGCACGCCCGCAAGGGCGCAGGAGGGCUAUCAGACGAUCGGCGCACAGGCCGCGGGCAGGAGGCGCUUCUCGUUUCCCUGGACGCGCGCCAUUGGCAAGGAGCGCGGUCGUGGUGCAGUGAUCCCUCUGAGCAUGUCGCUCUCGUCUGCCGACUCGCGCGCACACAUCAAGAGCACCAUUGCCUCGUACUCCAAGUCGCACGCCCUGCCCUUCCACACGCUCUUCCUGCUGCCCUCGAGCGCGCCCUCCACACUCGAGGCGCUGCAAGAAUGCGCGCAGGCCGUCGAGAUGCAGGAGCUGCUGCUGCCGCUGCUGCAGACGCAUGGCCGCACCGCGCUGCUCAUGCCUACCAGCGCCACGCCGACGGCUGGCGGCAGCGUAGCGAACGCGGCAUGGCAGAGCGCCUUUGCCGAGACGCAGCAUGCGCAGAUCUGCUUUACUGAGCCUCUGACGGCAACUCGCUCGUUCCGUGCCCUCCUCACCGCUGCGCUCUUCCCUGCACCGCUUGCUCCGAUCGCGAAAGAAGGCGCAAAGGCCAGCGCCGCACCGCCAGUGCCUAGCCUGACGAUGCAGGUGGCGCUGGCACGCGUGCUGGCGCGCCCGGCACAGAGUGUGCGGACAGUGCUCGGGCUCGGAGCGAGGAUAGCUCAGCUUCCUGGAGGAGCUGCCCUGCUGCGAGGCACUGCGCCGCGAUAGACGCCCGCUGCGCAAUAUCAUUAUCCUAGACGCUGCUCUCCCCUGCACGCGACUGUCUCUGUCUGCUUCCAUCUCCCGCACCUGAAUCAUCUGCCACGCACGAACA